UAAACAAGAUGUAAGAGUGGAGCAGAAAAAGUAUCAGUAGCACUGUUCGCGUCCAAAGAUGCAAACAGUUUAGGGGAAGGAAGUGAAGAUGAAACAAUUGCAGAUAGCCGGGAGGGUGAAAGUGUGCAUAGGUUACGUCGAAAGAUGACAUGUGGAGGGUGGAUGGUUUUUGUCCGGCGACACUGACGUUCGUGCCGUCCCAUCGAACAUGUUCUUCUGAUGAAGACUGCCCUGGAGGACACAAAUGCUGUCGAUUUGACUGUGGGCCUGUUUGUGUGCUGCCUGUUUUCAUGAAGCCAGGUCAGUGUCCCCUACCAGAGAUGAUUUCACGGUGUUCUGAAAGCUGUUUCCAUGAUGGCCAGUGUCCUGCCACACAGAAAUGUUGCCCAACCACUGGUGGCUUUGCAUGCAGUGAACCACGUCGUCAGGGAAGAGGUCAGAUGAGUUGUCAGGGACAUGGACCGGUUUGGGGCCAGGGAAAGGGCAGCGGCCAGGGAAAGGGCAGCGGCCAGGGACUAGGAAGCGGUCUGGGUCAGGGUCAGGGCCGGGGCCAUCGACGGGGACAGGGAAGGGUACGCGGAAAGGGAAGCAGCCAGGGUCAGGGACAAGGCCAGGUAAGCGGCCAGGGUCGGGGCCAUGGAAGCGGUCUGGGUCAGGGAGGCUGCCGGGGACGGGGUCAGGGACAAGGCCAGGGCCAUGGAAGUGGCCAAGGACGGGGCCAGGGUCAGGGACAGGGUCAGGGACAAGGCCAGGGAAGUGGUCUGGGACAAGGACGAGGCCAGGGCCAGGGACGAGGCCAGGGAAGCGGUCAGGGACAGGGCCAGGGAAGCGGUCUGGGUCAGGGACGAGGCCAGGGAAGCGGUCUGGGUAAAGGACGAGGCCAGGGUCAGGGAAGCGGUCAGGGCCAGGGCCAAAGCCCUGGCCAGGGUCAGGGUCUGGGUCAGGGCCAGGAAUGCGGCCUGGGUCAGGGACAAGGCCAGGGAUGCGGCCUGGGUCAGGGACAAGGCCAGGGCAAGGGAAGCGGCCAGGGUCAAGGCCAGGGCAAGGGAAGCGGCCAGGGCCAGGGAAGUGGCCAGGGCCAGGGUCCGGGCCAGGGAAGCGGUCAGGGCCAUGCAAGCGGACAGAGCCGGGGUCAGGGACAAGGCCAGGGUAGGGGUCAGGCUCUGGAAGCGUUCAGGGUCAAGGAAAAGGACAGGGUCAGGGACAAGGCCAGGGAUGUGGUCUGGUCCAGGGCUAGGGCUAGGGCCAGGGCCAGGGCCAUGGCUAUGUAA